UCCUCUGUCUCUCUCUCUUUGUUUACCGUUUAAACCUCUCCCCCAUUAAAACCCCUCUUCUGCAAAACUGUACAAUACAGAGAGUUUUUCUUUUUUCUAUUUCAUUUUCUGGGUCGUAAUUAUCCCCGUCAGAGACUGUAAUUACUGCUCUACCACAGACCUUUUGUGUAUACCAUUUCACACCUACCUUCAUUUGCCGCUUCUUAGUCUUUCUCACUUACCAUUUACUUAUCUCUCUCUCUCUCUGCUGCUCUGUUUCGACCUUCCAACACUAGCAGCAGCAGUAGCAGCAGCAGUAGCCCCAUUACUGAGUUUCUCUGGAAACUUUUUCACCUUCAUUGCUUCUUUUGUGAACUGAGUUUUGGUGGCUCAGGAAUUGGGUUUUGGGUCUUUUUGGGCAAGUCUUGUUGGCCUGAAAUUUGUCUGACCCCAAAUGGCAGCUCAGUCUGGUUGUUCUGCUCCGGUUGUGCCUUCUCUGCCGCCGCCAACUCCAAAGUCGCCGCCCCAGUACCCGGAUUUGUAUGGCAAGCGCAGAGAAACCGCCAGGGUUCAGAUGCUUGAGAGGGAAAUUGGGUUUCUUGAGGAGGAACUAAAAUCUGUUGAACGCCUUCAACCUGCUUCCCGAUGCUGCAAAGAGAUUGCUGAUUUUGUGACUGCGAAUCCAGAUCCGUUAAUACCUACAAAUCGAAAGAAACGACGAUCCUGUCGCUUUUGGAAAUGGCUCUGUGGAAUGCCCUGUUUUAGCUUGUCAUCGAUUUGCUGUUGCUGCUGUUGUGAUGGGUGCACUCUUCACCUAGAAAUGCCACGCUGCUCCUGCUGCGGUUCAGGCUGCAGUUCAUGCAGCGGUAAAUGCUGUGGUUCAUGCAGCGGUUCAGGCUGCGGUUUAUGCAGCGGUAAAUGCUGCAGUUCAUGCAGCGGUAAAUGCUGCGGUUCAUGCAGCGGUAAAUGCUGCGGUUCAUGCAGUGGUCCAUGCUGCGGUCCAUGGAACUGUAAUUCGUGUUUCAGUUGCCCUUCACUACCAAAGUGGCGAUGUUGCUGCUCAUGUCCCCGAUCCCGUUGCUGCAAAACUAGUUCAUGUUCAUGCAGCAGAAAUUGCUGCAUUUUACCAUCGUGUUCGUGUUCAUGUCCCGAUUGCUCUUGUUUGAAUUGUUUCAAAUGGAAAUGCUCUUGUCCUAAAUGUCCGAAGGUACGGCCUUGUUGCUGUUGUAAAAUAACCUGCUGUAACCCUUGCAGUACAUGUUUGUAGUAUUCAUGACGUCUCAUAUGGAAGCUCUGUAUCAUGGCUUUUUCAUAUUUAACUAGUCUAGAUAUGCUGCAAAUAUUCAGGGAUUCAUAAAAUUGUGAGUUUAUGAAAUAAAUUUUAUAGUAUUGGCCUCUUCA